CAGUAGGGAGGUGUGGAAGGGGGAAAGUCUUGCCGUUAAGCCGCUAUUAGAAGAUUGGGCCUCCUCCUUCUUCUCCUCCUCUUCCUCCUUGCCGAACUCUCCUGCAGCAGGACGUCGAGGUCCAUCUUCCUCCUCCUUUGCCAGGAGAGGAGACGCCAACUCCUCUGACCUCCUCCCCCUUCCUUCCUAAUAUUUCCCUCUUCUUCAUUCGCGUCCCUGCAGGGGGUCGCUCACGGGAACCCUCGUCAUCAUCAUCAUCCUCACCGUCAACUAAUGCCAAUCCACAGUACCGCCAUGUACCUGGAAAACAAAAGCAACCUGGACGUGGAGAUGUCGCAGGCCUCGGCACCGGUUCACCAAAGCGCGAGGAAUUUUGGCGAGCUGCGACUGCUGCAGGGCAUCUCGGAACGCUGCGAGACUCACAAGCUGCAGCAGCAGUCGACCAGCCUGCCAUCGGGACAGCGCGUCAUCCACGCCGAUGGAUUCAUGCCCGUACGACAAGAAGAUGGUACCAGUCACAACUUCAACGUGGUUAACAUUCUCACCGGCAAGUCAAAUUCAACCAACAUCUCCGAAAGGUCUCCUCUUCUAAGGUUCUCCCAAGACGACAGCGUGGCCUACAUGACCAUACACAACCCUGGCUUCUAUGGCGGUGAGGAGCCUUGGGACAGCAGCGCCAUGGACCUGGAGCGGCGGUACCGCCUGGGCAGCGAAGUAAACGGUCUGUCGUUGCUGCGCUCAAACUCGACGGACAAAAGCGACCCUCUGGAGCACCUCAGCCUUGGGUUCAAGCUCGCCCGCGCCGUCAAAUGCUGCUUUCGAAUAUCCAGAGUGGCCACCAUCUUCACUAUUGUUGUUUUGUGCAGUCUAUUGUUCAGCAUGUACCCCGACCGCGACGACCCUUGGCGGAUGUUGGCCGUCUCGUCCAGCGAUAUCUUCACGUUGAACCUGACGAACUUCAGAGACAACGCUUUGCUCAGGCUGCAGGUGGGAGGCCCGUUCGCCAGCAGUGCGGUCGACCCGGAUUCCCGGGAGUUCGUCCUCGUUCAGGUGGAGCAGACUGACCCACCGGGCCAGAGGAGGAGGAGGGGGCAGCAGGUUCUUUACAACUGGACCAUUCCUCUUCACAGUGAGCGCAGUGAACAGAUGGUGCUCACCAGAACCUUUGAGAUGCUCAGCAGCGAUCCCAUUGUAAUCAGCGUGCAGGCGUCGACGGAGUCCGACGAGGCGGUGCCGCUCUCCAUCACGCACCAGUCGCUCUACGUCAAUGUGGAGACGCAGGUGGCCAUCGCCGGCGUCAUUCUGACCGGCGUCUACGUCCUCAUCAUCUUCGAGAUCGUCCAUCGCACUUUGGCAGCCAUGUUGGGUUCCCUGGCUGCCUUGUCUGCUUUGGCCUUCAUCGGUGAUCGACCCAGUCUGGUGCAGGUGGUGGAAUGGAUUGACUACGAGACUCUGGCGCUCCUCUUUGGCAUGAUGGUGCUGGUGGCCAUUUUCUCCGAGACGGGCUUCUUCGACUACUGCGCCGUCAAGGCCUACCGUCUCUCCAAGGGCCGAGUCUGGCCCAUGAUCAUCAUUUUGUGUCUAAUUGCCGCCAUCCUCUCGGCUUUCUUGGACAACGUCACCACCAUGAUGCUCUUCACCCCUGUCACCAUCAGGUUGUGCGAAGUCCUCAACCUGGACCCCCGCCAUGUGCUGAUCGCCGAAGUCAUCUUCACCAACAUCGGCGGCGCCGCCACCGCCGUGGGUGACCCGCCAAACGUCAUCAUCGUGUCCAAUCAAGACCUGCGCCGACAAGGCAUCGACUUUGCUAACUUCACCGGCUACAUGUUUCUCGGAAUAUGCUUGGUCCUUUUGACAUCAUUCCCCUUCCUGCGUAUGCUCUACUGGAACAAGAAGCUCUACAACAAAGAGUCUAUUGAAAUUGUGGAACUCAAGCACGAGAUCUUAGUGUGGAGGCAGACAGCGCAACGCAUCAAUCCCGCCAGCCGCGAGGAGACGGCUGUUAAGUGUCUGCUGAUGCAGAAAGUUCUCAACCUUGAAAGUCUGCUGCGCAACAUGAUGAAAACAUUCCAGAGAGAAAUUUCCCAAGAGGACAAGAAUUGGGAGCAGAAUAUUCAGGAGCUGCAAAAGAAGCACCGAAUCACCGACAAGGUACUCCUUGUGAAAUGCGGCUCGGUGCUGGCCGUGGUCAUCUUCAUGUUCUUUGUCAACUCUUUUGUUCCCAGCAUACAUUUGGAUCUUGGUUGGAUUGCCAUCCUGGGUGCAUUAUGGCUCUUGGUUUUGGCUGACAUUCAGGACUUUGAAAUGAUCUUGCACCGGGUGGAGUGGGCCACGUUGCUCUUCUUUGCCGCUCUCUUUGUCUUGAUGGAGGCUCUCGCCCAACUGCAGCUCAUCGACUACAUUGGCGAGCAGACAGCCCAGCUCAUCAAAGCCGUGCCAGAGGACCAACGCAUGGCCAUCGCUAUCAUCUUGGUGAUGUGGGUUUCUGCCCUGGCUUCUUCUCUCAUCGACAACAUCCCCUUCACUGCCACCAUGAUUCCAGUCCUCAUCAACUUGAGUCGGGAUGCUGAUGUGAAUUUACCAGUAAAACCGCUAAUUUUUGCCUUGGCCAUGGGAGCCUGUCUCGGGGGAAAUGGAACCUUGAUCGGCGCGUCGGCCAACGUGGUUUGCGCCGGUAUCGCAGAACAGCACGGCUAUGGUUUCUCAUUCAUGGAAUUCUUCAGGUUAGGCUUCCCUAUGAUGAUCAUGACAUGCAUGAUAGGCAUGUGCUACCUGCUGGCCACACACAUCGGACUGGGAUGGAACAUGUGACCCGAUACUUGAAAUCACGCAGAUCCAGAACGCAACCAGGGAGCCCAUACUUCAAUCGUUCCGUUUUACAAUAAACCAAAAACCGCCAAAGGAGAAGUCGGGAGCUUUUGCAAGCACUCCAAUAUAGAUUUCUGCAAACUUAUGUACUAAAAAUAUUACCCCAAAAGAUUAUUAUUAUUUAUACAGUAUAUAAAGGAAACAUAACACCCAUUUAAAGGGAUUUUAUAAUCAUAUUUUGGGCACGUCCUUCAAGUGAUGUCCUUUUGUUGGCAGAGUCGAUUAUUUUGAUGAUAUCUUGUCAGUAGAGCACCUGAAAGAAUCCACCCCAGAGUAAUAAAGUGGAC